AUGCGUUCAAUUUCCUUAUUUUGUUUUGCUUUUUUCACUGUUGUUGCCCUUGCAGCAUUUCCAUAUUAUGAUUAUAUUCAUUUAGGUGUCACAACCAUUUACGCCUAUUUUCAAGACGAUAAACCUGUUGCAGUCAAAGUAGCGUGGUGGGGCUCUUUUGUCGGAUCAGUUAAUGUAGCUUACCAAACGGCGAUAGAUACAUGUAAAGUUUGUAAGAAUAAUCACGAAGACUAUGAUUCUUUAGAUUGUGCAAGUUCGGUUGGUGAGUUGGCGACAACUCUCGUGCUCAAUUUAAUGUCAAUAUACGUUGGCUGGCAUGAUGGAGGAACACCAAAUGGAACUUUAGAAGGUGCUGACCCAACGGCUCUCCGAAAGAGACAGCUUAGGCAAUGUGAAAGCACUAAUGGUUUGUAUGACGUCUCUUGUGUUACGGAUUGGUUAUUUGAUCACUAUUCUCAACCAGAGUCCGGAAAAUGGUACCCAAUUGACAACUCAUUGGUCAAAAGAGAUUUGACUCAACCCUCAAUUUAUUUGAAAAACAACGAAACGUCUGAAGUGUAUCAUUUGAUAUAUAACCCUUCCUCUGCAUCAACAGGAACAUUAGCAGUGGCACCAGCAAGAAUUGUGGGAAACUCCACAUUAGCAAAACGCCAAGAUCUUCCGGUGUAUUCUCCAUUGUGUACUGGAUACAUUGCUCUCGAUUUCUGUGCCAACCAGAGUAAGUGGGGAGGCUUCUAUACUAGUGGAGAACUUGAAAAUCAACUAAAUGAGAUUUUCGCAAAUGAUGCUAAUGGUGCAUGGAGGGCCGAUUAUUAUAAGAUGUAUACUUGUGAAGACACUUGUGAUACACAAGAUUGGGAAGUCUCCUUUAGACUUUACUAUGCUAGUGUAGGUCAAUUCUUGCAUUGGACACACUGUGAUACCGGAUCUUAG